AUUUUGAAUGCUGACUGACGCCGCCUUUUGCGUGAGCAAUUUAAACUUCAACUCCCAUAAUCCUUCACUCACACCUCAACAUCAACCAGAUGAAACUACAGCUGGAGCUGCUGCGGCGAUUCGCGUGAAAUGGCACAAAAGAGGCGCAGAGAUGCCGCUUUGGUUCGGCGGAAAACAUUAAUGUAAAACCCUUGACAUGAGUGAAACCGUCCGGAGCGACAGAUGAGCUUCACGUGCCGUGAGUUUAUCCAGCUAACGCGGGUCUGAGGAGAGGAUGUGGCCUUUAGCUGUCAAGCUUAAGUAGUAGAAGCCCGUCAGCUGUUAGUAUUUCCCUGAGAGUGAAUGAUGAAGCUGCAUCUAAAGACAUCAGUGACAGGAUGAAUCUGAAGAAGUCUCGGAGCCUCAAUGGAUUUGGAAAACAAGAUGCUGAGUCCAGACGGAAGAGGAAGACGGCGGAGAUCACGCAGGCCCUGAACACGACGCCCGUGGAUGUGGCCGCUCUGAGACGCAUGGCCAUCAGUGAAGGAGGACUGCUGAGCGACGAGAUCCGCCGGCUGGUGUGGCCCAGACUGCUCAACGUGUCUGUAGAAAACAUCCCUGAACAGCUGGAGCCGGUCGAUCGAGACAAUAACAAGGACUUCAACCAAGUGCUUCUAGAUGUUCAGAGAUCCCUGAGACGCUUCCCUCCAGGGAUGCCAGACGAGCAGCGGGAAGGCCUUCAGGAAGAGCUGAUCGAUAUUAUUCUGCGGGUGCUGGUGAAAAACCCACAGCUGCACUAUUAUCAGGGUUACCAUGACAUCGUGGUGACCUUCCUGCUGGUGCUGGGGGAACGACUGGCCACUGCCCUGGUGGAGAAACUCUCCACUCACCACCUCAGGGACUUUAUGGACCCCACUAUGGACAACACCAAACACAUCCUGAACUACCUGAUGCCCAUAAUCAAGCGGGUCAACCCUGAAGUGUACGACUGGAUGCAGCAAGCCGAGGUCGGCACCAUUUUCGCUCUCAGCUGGCUCAUAACCUGGUUUGGACACGUACUGUCAGAUUUCCGGCAUGUGGUUCGGUUGUACGACUUCUUCCUGGCCUGCCAUCCCCUCAUGCCCAUCUACUUUGCUGCUGUGAUCGUGUUGCAUCGAGAGGACGAGGUGUUGGACUGUGAGUGUGACAUGGCCAUGAUGCACCAUCUCCUGUCCCGUAUCCCAGAGGACCUGCCGUACGAGACCCUGAUCAGCCGCGCAGGAGACCUGUUCGUUCAGUUCCCUCCAUCCGAGCUGGCCAGAGAGCGCAGUCAACUGACGGCUGUCUCCACCUAUAAAGACUUGGAGUUGGCGUCGACGCACCAGCGUCCGGACACAGUGCUUCGACGGAGACGAAAAGAGCAGCAGAAGCACCAGCAGCGCACCCUGGAGGCCCAGCGAGGGAGCGUGGCAGUCGUCCGGCCCACGGCACGCCGCUUCAUGCGGCUGGCGGUCAUGGGAUUGACCGUGGCGUUAGGGGCUGCCGCUUUAGCCGUGGUAAACUCUGCCCUGGAAUGGGCUCCUAAACUAGACUUACUCUUCCCGUGAAGGAGCCAAAAAACAGCACAGAGGACUGAAGAUUGGUUACUUUGUAACCAAGUAUUUAUACUGGUUAGACUAAUACACAAUACAUGUGUUCAUAGUUAUUAUAAUUAAACAAGCCUUUUCCCAUUGAAUGAGGUGCUGAGUCUGAAAUAUUCAGUAAAGCAGAGCGAUCACAAGAAAAUGUUUCCUGGAUCUAGUGAGGACAAGCAACACAAUCCUGGGGUUGGAUUGGAUGUACAGUGGCUCUAUGUAUACUCCACGUCUCAUACAUGAAACACAAUCUGAGCAAGUUUUUGUGUAAAUGGAUUUUUCACCAAUGGAUCGUCUGCAGUGAAUGGGUGCCGUCAGAAUGAGAGUCCAAACAGCUGAUAAAAACAUCACAAUAAUCCACACGUAAUCCAGUCCAUCAGUGAAUAUCUUCUGAAGUGAAAAAUCGUCUCGUUUAAAAGAAAGAAAUCUAUCAUUUAAGAGAUUUUUAAACUUUAAAAUACAUGUUCUCUAUCCAUAAAAUUGCUUUCUCAGGUGUAAAGAUAGUCUCGUCUGAAUCAGGAGCAUAAUAUGGAAAAACCUCUCUAAACAUAUAUAUGGUUAGAUUUUGAUGUUAGCAGGAGACGCAACGGGUUAAAAGUAAAAAUCCUAGUGGAUUAUUGUGAUGUUUUUAUCAGCUGUUUGGACUCUCAUUCUGACGGCACCCAUUCACUGCAGAGGAUCACUGGUGAUGUAAUGCUACAUUUCUCCAAAUCUGUUCUGAUGAAGAAACAAACUCUUCAACCUCUCGAAUAGCCUGAGGGUGAGUUAAAUAUCAGCAAAUUUCUAUUUUGGUUGGAACUAUUUCUUUAAAAAUUUAUUUUUUUUAUAUAAAUUGUCACAUUGAAUUCAUAUCAACCAUUUAGUAACGAUAAUUUAAGAGUUUUUGUUUUGAAAUGUACCUAUAAAAGAAGUAUAUUGUUUGUAAAACAAAGUUUUCGUUUUGAAAAAAUUAUCAAAUUUAAGUGAAUGUGACAAUUUACAUAAGAAUGCCUUGACAUCACGUUCAUAAUGAUACAAAAUAAAGUAAACUGUUGUAUUAAA